CACAGCCCCGACCCCGCGGGGCGCAGCCCCGACCCGGCCCGGGCACGGCUCCCCCCCUGCGGUGCGUCCCGCCGGGAGGGAACGGUCGGAUCGCCGCCCCAUACGCCCCCGCCUUCCCUCGUCCCCCCGCGGCCCGGCUACAGGUUUGGGGGGUCGUUCUUGCUGCCCCCGGCGUUGCGGGUGCUGCCAGCCCCGGGUCGGUGUCCUUGACCUUCGCGGCUUGAGGAGGCUGGGCAAGGCAAGCUUUGCACCCAGCGCGCGGGUUGUGGCUCAGGCGAGUUAAAAUCCGGCCUGGAGAAACACACUGCCAAGUUCUUGAAAUGGACUUGGUCGCCCACAGGCUUGGCGGGGCUUCGGCGUGGGUUUUUUCCCUUUGUCUAACAUAAAGGAUUACUGUUUCCAGAGGGGCUCCUUUUGGUCAAAACGACCAGAAAACAGAAACAUUUCAGCGAAGCAAUUGCUGCUAACCUUCUCACCAGGCCUAUGGAGCCACGAGGGAUUGUCAAAGCCUUUCCCAAGAGGAAGAAGGUGAGGGAUGACUCAGGGAAAAGUGUCCCUCCAAAGAUCCCAAAAGAUGAAGGAACAGAGGUACCUGAGGCAGAGUGGCUGAAACCCGUCACUGCCUAUGUGCUGCAAGCUGGCCUUGGCCAGGCCAGGGCAGAGAUCUUCCACAAGCAGAUUGUCCACAAUGGGGGUGUCGUACAGAGCCAGCUCUCCCCGGAGGUGACACACGUCAUUGUGGCUGAAGACAUGGACUGUGACCGGGCCUUUCGGCUCCUCAAACUAACCAAGCUGCCCCCGGGGCUGCAGCUGGUGAAGGCGUCCUGGCUAAGUGCUUGCAUCAGAGACCAGAAGCUGCUGAGUACUACUGGCUAUGGUGUCUUCAUCCCUCACAGGUACCUGGAGGAGGCAGAACUCCAGAAAGAACAGCAGCAGAUCAGUGAAGAAAUCCAGCCCCCGGCAGAGGAGGGAACAGUGAAACGAGAUACUGAAUCACAGGUGGUGGAUUCCUCACAGCGGGGCCUGAGCACCCUUGGACAGCACAAACUGGCUGAGAAAUACUCUGAUGAUGAAGACAGUGAAGGAGAAGAUGCUAGUGUCACCCAGGGAGAUCUGGAAGCAUUGAUUUCUGGCCGCUACCCUGUGAAAUCAUCAGAGGAGACCAGUGACAGCUCUUCCACAGUGGCCCAGCCUCCCAGCAAGUGGGUUUGUGCCCAGUCUUCCAACAGCAAGAAGGAGAAUCACAACCAAUGUAUCACAGAGAAGCUGGAAGUGCUGGCAAAGGCUUACUCUGUUCAGGGGGACAAGUGGAGAGCUCUGGGCUACACCAAAGCCAUCAAUGCGCUCAAGAGCUACCACAAACCGGUCACCUCCUACCAGGAAGCCUGUAAAAUCCCUGGGAUUGGGAAGCGGAUGGCAGAGAAGAUCCUGGAGAUCUUGGAGAGUGGGCACCUGCGCAAGCUGGAUCACAUCAGUGAGAGUGUGCCUGUGCUGGAGUUGUUUUCCAACAUCUGGGGAGCAGGGGUCAAGACAGCUCAGACGUGGUACCAGCAGGGUUUCCGGACACUGGAUGAUAUCCGCACCAAGGCGACCCUCACCAGCCAACAAGCUGUGGGACUGAAGCACUACACGGAUUUCCUGGAGCGCAUGCCUCGGGAGGAAGCUGCACAAAUAGAGCAGACUGUCAGACAAGCUGCCCUGGCCCUGAAGCCAGGGCUUGUGUGUGUGGCCUGUGGCUCCUACCGUCGGGGGAAGCCCACCUGUGGAGAUGUGGAUGUGCUGGUCACUCACCCAGAUGGGCAGUCUCACCGUGGGGUGUUCAACAAGCUCCUCGACAGCCUCCACAGGAGCGGCUUCCUGACAGAUGACCUGGUGAGUCAGGAGGACAAUGGUGAGCAGAAGAAGUACCUGGGGGUGUGCCGGCUCCCUGGGCCGGCCCAGCGGCACCGCCGGCUCGACAUCAUCGUGAUGCCGUACAGCGAGUUCGCCUGCGCCCUGCUGUACUUCACCGGCUCCGCUCACUUCAACCGCUCCAUGCGGGCCCUGGCCAAGACCAAAGGCAUGAGCCUGUCAGAGCACGCCCUCAGCUCCGCCGUGGUGCGAGGCCGUGGAGGGGUCAAGGUGUCAGCUGGUCACACUCUGCCCACUCCCACUGAGAGAGAUGUCUUUGUUCAGCUGGGGCUGCCGUACCGGGAGCCCUCGGAACGGGACUGGUGAUGCCCGUUUGUCACCCAGCACCCUGGGCCUGCUGCUGUGCUGCUGUUUCAAGGGGUGCUGGUUUCCCCAGCACUGCUUUGCGGUGGUUGCAGACUGAGGAAUGUAUUCCAGCAAACUGGGGCUCCUUUCAAGUGAGAGACCCUGCUGUGACAGGGCUGUGUGUCCCCCAGCAGAGGCUGUGGGCUGGAACCACGCUGGAAGCACAUCAAGGCAGCCUCUGGCUACCAAAAGGGCUCCCAGCCCGUCAGCUACCCUGGUCCUGCUUUUCCCAGUUUCAGAAGGCUGGACUGCAGAGCCUUGUGAUCCAGCCCCUGGCAGUGCUUGGGAAUAGAAGUGGUAUGCAUCUUCUGUGUCUGAGCACUGACACCAAAAUUUCUGUCCUGAGCUAUGAAUGAAGGCAGCAGAGGUCUAGCUUGGCUGUGGAAUAGGCCUUCCCACUUCUCACUACUGCUGGCAGCUGCUACUGAAGGAAUCAUGAAGAGUUCCCCUAUGCUGCUGUUUUGUUGUUCUGUCUGAGCUGACAUGUGUCCACUGAUGGGUCUCACUGCACAGGGCCAGACUGCUCUGCCACCAGCAGCAGACUGCCACUGAGGUGCUGUGCCUGCUUGCUCUCAGCUUGUCGUGUGCUGGGGAUCCUCCAGAUCCACAGAGAGCCCUGGUCUGGCCCUCUCCUUUCCUCUCAGUGCAGGAGAGGAGCAGACCUCACAGCUUGGGGGACUGUGCUCAGGAAGGGUGUGAAUGUAAUGGCACUGAAUGUAACCCAGCAGGGCUGUGUGUCUGUGUGUAGGAGGCAUGGAGACAGAGAGAAACACAAGGAGAUAGUUAAGUUCUAAUUUGGGCAAAUUAGAACUUAAUUAGCUUUCCCCUUUUUUCUGUAGAAACCAUGGAGUCAUCUGGUCUUUGAUCAGGGAAAGUGUGCGUGUGUGUGUUUGUGUAUGCAUGUGCAUGUGGCUGACCCUGCCAGUUCCAUGGGAGUGAAUUUUAUUUCUCAGGAAGCCUCAACUGUUUUAUAUUCUGGAGAUGAAUUUCCCAGAGACGUUCAGUGCUGUGUCUCCAUUAUGGGUAUUGCAGUGGUUCCUCCUGGCAGAGGUGCUGCUCUGCGGCAUUGGCUGCCAGAGGUGCCAUGGUGGGCAUUUCUGUGCCAGGACCCCGGGGCUCCUGCUCCCUUGUCUUGUGGGAGACCCAGCCAUCCCCACUCUGCACUUUGCCUCGUCUUUGUCACACACAGUGACAAGCUACCUAUUUGCUGCUGGGGCAGGCACAAGGACACUAAACCUGGUGGUUUGCACAGUUCCUCUGCACUGUCAGUCGUGGCUGCUGAGCACCAGCAGUGGGGCUGGGGCUUUGCUGGGGGGGCCCCAAGCCCAGGAGUGGCAUUUGUCAGCUCAGCCUUUCUGCUGGACACCCAAGGGAAAUGAAUGUCUUUUGGCAAGUCUUGGUGCAUUUACAUUUGAAGUGUAAUAAAUCCCUUCUCUCUU